GCUGGGGAAGGAGAAGAUGUGGGCCGGCUCUUCUGGUGUACCCGGCUAGCUUCCCGCCCCGCGUUCCUGCGUAAACAGGCGGUUCCCUCGGCAACGCCUGGAACCCACGUCAAGGUUCCACCAGUCCCGGGUGGUGACCGCCCCGUUUUGGGCGAGCCCCACCCACUCCCCUUGGCGGCCGCUCCGGGUCCGCACAUCCUUUCACCCUGCUGCGGGAUGAGCAAGAGCGGUGGCCCGCGCGGGACCCCAUGGAGGAGCAGGCGCGGCCCCCGGGCCGCCCGCCCGCGAGCGCAGCCCUGCCGAGCAGCGCGCAUCCCGGCGGGGACGCUUCCGCGGCCACCGCGGCGGCGCUGUCCUUCAGCGCCGUAGCCACCGUCGCGCUGGGAAACCAGAGCGACCCGGGCCGGCCGGAGGCGGCGGGGCCCCGGGGACGGGCGCCCGUGCUGUGGCAAGGGGCGGCGGUGGCCGCCCAGGCGCUGGUGCUCCUGCUCAUCUUCCUGCUGUCUAGCCUGGGCAACUGCGCCGUGAUGGGGGUGAUCGUGAAGCACCGGCAGCUGCGCACGGUCACCAACGCCUUCAUCCUGUCCCUGUCGCUGUCGGACUUGCUCACCGCGCUGCUCUGCCUACCCGCCGCCUUCCUCGACCUGUUCGCCCCACCCGGCGACUCGGGGCCCUGGCGCAGCUUCUGCGCCGCCAGCCGCUUCUUCAGUUCGUGCUUCGGCAUCGUGUCCACCUUCAGCGUGGCGCUCAUCUCGCUGGACCGCUACUGCGCCAUCGUGCGGCCGCCGAGGGACAAGCUGGACCGGCGGCGCGCCCUGCAGCUGCUGGCCGGCGCCUGGCUGGCGGCGCUCGGCUUCUCCCUGCCCUGGGAGCUGCUCCGGGCGCCCCGGGAGCCGCCGGCUCCACAGAGCUUCCAUCGCUGCCUCUACCGGACGUCCCCGGACCCUGCUCAGCUGGGCGCCGCCUACAGCGUGGGCUUGGUGGUGGCCUGCUACCUGCUGCCCUUCCUGCUGAUGUGUUUCUGCCGCUACCACAUCUGCAAGACCGCGCGCCUGUCGGACGUGCGCGUGCGGCCGGUGACCACGUACGCGCGCGUGCUGCGCUUCUUCAGCGAGGCGCGCACGGCCACCACCGUGCUCAUCAUGAUCGUCUUCGUCAUCGGCUGCUGGGGCCCUUACUGCUUCCUGGUGCUGCUGGCUGCCACCCGGCAGGGUCAGGCCACGCAGGCCCCCUCGCUGCUCAACGUGGCGGCUGUUUGGCUGACCUGGGCCAACGGGGCUAUCAACCCCGUCAUCUAUGCCAUCCGCAACCCCAAUAUUUCCAUGCUCCUGGGGCGCAACCGCGAAGAGGGGUACAGGACGAGACGCAUGGAUGCUCUCUUGCCCAGCCGAGGCCUAGGUUUGCAGGCCAGAAGCCGCAAUCGCCUUCGAAAUGGCUGCGCCAACAGGCUCGGGGCUUGCGGCGGGAUGCCUUCUCCCAACCCGGCUAGCGGGUCAGGAGGGGAAGUGGUCAUGUGGGCCCGCAAAAACCCGGUUGUGCUUUUCUUCCGAGAGGGACCACCAGAGCCGGCUACGGCAGUUGGCAAACACCAUAAAUCUGAAGCUGGGGACAGCAGCCUCUAACAAGCGUUGGGGUGGACAGUUUGUAAUCGCGAAUUUCCACCCCUCUCGUUUGGUGACGCGGGGAAUCCAGGGAGAGUCGUGGAUUUCAUCAAGCCAAACGUUCGAAACCAGAAAGACAGAAGUGGGAGGGGUACCGCUUCAUUCUCAAACAAUAAGGGAUGUGAAAGAACGCCCCCAUUCCUUCAAAAGUGCCAAAGGGGACGUGAAACGCAAAAAAAGCAACGAGAAUAAAAUUCACAGUCACCGAAGAGCUCAGAUAACAGGACCCGCACUGUGAAAUAAAAAU